AUGAAGGGGUUGUCAAGAAUUGCAAAUAAGCCUUUCAGAUAAAUUCACUAUCCUUUCUUUAACAAAUUUGGCUUCAGCUCUCAGAAUAAAUCAUCCCCAGUGGAAUAGGGUGAUGAAGCUGCUCAGCCAGAAAUUGAAUAACCAGGAGAUCACAAAGACUUCUAAUUGUAGCCUACUUUCAGAUUAAUACCAGUUUCUGAUCACCCUUUAUUUCCUGGAUCCUCAACUGCAGUAUCAGAAUUGAAACAAACAGAGAUGGUGGUUGCUUCAGUUGUCAAGAAUGAAUCUCUCUUAAGAACAGGAAGCGAUAUUUUGUCAACAUUGUAAGAAAUUCCCUAUUGUAAUUAGUAUAUUCUAGGCAAUAAGUAUAUGCUAACUAUAUUCCCUUCUUCUAAAGCUAAGAUUAUAGAAGCACUCGACCCAGUAGCCCCACUUUGCAGAGUAAGAGCAAAGGAGAUCGUUGAGGAAAAAAUUACAGAGGAUUAACUGGAUAUUGCGUAAUCAGUGGUCUAUAAAUUUCUCAAAUAGCAGUAUAUGAGAUGCUAUAAAAUCUCUCAGGAUUAAAAGUUUUUGGCUUACUUAUAAUUCCUUGAAUCUAAUUACAGAAUUGAAUAUGUUCAAGAUUUCAUACACAUGCUUUUAACUUGCAUCUCACUUCCCUAAUACAUCAAUACUUAUAAGUUCUUGAUUAACAUACAAAGAAGCUAGAUUUAAGACGUCUACGAGGAAGAAAAUCUAACUUAGAGAUUAGAGAAAAUGAACACUAUAUUCACAGACUUCGUUAACAAGCUUGAAAUAUGGAAUAGACUUGAGGAGCAAUACGACUUUAGAUCUGAUCAACAAAAGACAUAAAAAAAGCUAGAGGAAAUUUAUGAAAGUUUGAAAAAGCAUUUUACUAAUGAAAAAGAUGAGAAAUAAGAGUAAGUAAAGGAAUUUUUGAAAAAUCUUGAGGGGAAAACAGUUCCUGAUCAUAUUAUGAAGGUUAUUACAGAAGAGAUUAAUAGAUUUUUGUCGAUGGAAAAGCAUCACAGUGAAAUUCAGGUUACUAGAACCUAUCUUGAAUACUUGACUAAAUUACCUUAUGGGAUAUCGUCUCAAGAUAAUUUUGACAUAAAACUAGCAAAGAAAAUUCUAGAUGAGGGUCAUUAUGGAAUGGAUGAUGUUAAAAGGAGAAUUCUAGAAUUCAUCGCUGUUGGAAAACUAAAGAAAUCUGUUCAUGGAAAAAUUCUUUGUUUUGUAGGACCUCCAGGUGUAGGUAAAACUUCUAUUGGAGAAUCUAUUGCAAAGUCACUAGGCAGAAAGUUUGUAAGAAUUGCUCUUGGCGGAGAUAGAGAUACUUCGACUCUUAAGGGAUUCAGAAGAACAUAUAUUGGUGCUAUUCCAGGAAAAAUCGUUAGAGCACUUAAAACUGCUGAAGUUGAGAACCCAGUCUUAUUGAUUGAUGAAGUUGAUAAAAUAGGAUAAAGAAGUGUUCACGGUGAUCCUGGUAGUGCUCUUCUAGAAAUAUUAGAUCCAGAAUAAAAUGCAUAGUUUACAGACGAUUAUCUUGAUGUCCCUAUUGACUUGUCAAAAGUCUUAUUCUUAUGUACUGCAAACAUUCUAGACACUCUUCAUCCAGCCUUGCUAGACAGAAUGGAAAUUAUUAAAGUUUCAGGAUACACUCAUAAUGAAAAGAGACAUAUUCUAGACGGAUAUCUCCUGCCUGAAGCUAUUGAAAACGCUGGACUUAAUAUCGAAGGUGCAAAUUUCAAGAUUACUGAGGAGGUUAAAGACUACAUUAUCUAGAACUAUAGCAGAGAGCCUGGUAUGAGAUCAUUGAAAAAAUUCAUAAAUAGAAUCUCUGAGAAACUAGCAUUUUAGAUUGUUGAAUCAGAGAAUUAACAAGAAAUUGUAGUAGAUGUAGACAAUAUUGAAAAAUACAUAGGACAUCCAAUUUACAGGUCAAGCAAAUUUUAUACAACAUACCCUCCACCAGGUGUUGUGAUAGGGCUAGCAUAUAAUGAAUAUGGAGGAGCUAUUCUUUAUAUUGAGUCAGCUCAGUCAACAUACUCAAACGAGGGUAAAGGCGGUUUGAAAGUCACAGGUAGUCUUGGAGAUGUAAUGAAGGAAUCUUCGACAAUAGCUCAAACAUAUGCCAAAAAUUUCCUCUCAAAAUAUAUUAAGCAAAAUGAAUUUGCUACAAAGUAUCUUGAAACUCACGAUGUGCACAUUCAUUUCCCUGAAGGAGCUAUUCCAAAGGAUGGUCCAUCUGCUGGUAUAACAAUCACAUCCUCAUUGCUCAGUUUAGCCUUGGGAAAAUCAGUACCUUAAGACAUUGCAAUGACUGGCGAAAUAUCUCUAAAUGGCAAAGUGCUUGCUAUUGGUGGAGUUAAAGAAAAAACUAUGUCAGCCACCAGAGAAGGUAUCAAGAAACUCAUAUUCCCUAAAGCUAAUCAAAAGGAUAUUAAUGAACUUCCAGCAUAUAUCAAGGAAGGCAUUCAAUUCUACUUUGUUGACGAAUACCCAGAAGUGUUCAGAAUUUUAUUCCCUGAUAUCAGCAUUGACUAUUAAUAAUCUUAGUGA